GCGCGCGGGGGACGUGUUCGGGCGUCUCCGCCAUUUUGUGAGUCUAUAACUCGGAGCCGUUGGGUCGGUUCCUGCUAUUCCGGCGCCUCCACUCCGUCCCCCGCGGGUCUUCUGUGUGUGCAAUGGACGGCAUCGUCCCAGACAUAGCAGUUGGUACAAAGCGGGGAUCUGACGAGCUCUUCUCUGCCUGCGUCACUAACGGACCCUUUAUCAUGAGCGGCACCUCGGCGUCCACAGCAAAUGGAAAUGACAGCAAGAAGUUCAAGGGGGACAGCAGGAGUGCAGGCGUGCCCUCCAGGGUGAUCCACAUCCGCAAGCUGCCCGGCGACGUCACCGAAGGGGAGGUCAUUUCCCUGGGGCUGCCCUUCGGAAAGGUCACCAAUCUCCUGAUGCUGAAAGGGAAGAACCAGGCCUUCAUUGAGAUGCACACAGAAGAGGCCGCCAACACCAUGGUGAACUACUACACAUCGGUGACGCCUGUGCUGCGCGGCCAGCCCAUCUACAUCCAGUUCUCCAACCACAAGGAGCUCAAGACAGACAGCUCCCCUAACCAGGCGCGGGCCCAGGCAGCCCUGCAGGCUGUGAACUCAGUCCAGUCAGGAAACCUGGCCCUGGCAGCCUCGGCCGCGGCGGUGGAUGCAGGCAUGGCCAUGGCUGGCCAGAGCCCUGUGCUUAGGAUCAUCGUGGAGAACCUCUUCUACCCAGUGACCCUGGACGUGCUACACCAGAUCUUCUCCAAGUUUGGCACUGUUCUUAAGAUCAUUACCUUCACUAAGAACAACCAGUUCCAGGCAUUGCUGCAAUAUGCUGACCCCAUGAGCGCCCAGCACGCCAAGCUGUCACUGGACGGCCAGAACAUCUACAACGCGUGCUGCACACUGCGCAUCGACUUCUCCAAGCUCACCAGCCUCAACGUCAAGUACAACAACGACAAGAGCCGCGACUACACGCGCCCUGACCUGCCGUCCGGGGAUAGCCAGCCCUCGCUGGACCAGACCAUGGCUGCAGCCUUUGGUGCGCCUGGUAUAAUGUCAGCCUCUCCGUAUGCAGGAGCUGGUUUCCCUCCCACCUUUGCAAUUCCUCAAGCCGCAGGUCUCUCUGUCCCUAAUGUACAUGGGGCUUUGGCCCCUCUGGCUAUUCCGUCGGCGGCGGCAGCAGCAGCGGCAGCAGGCCGGAUCGCCAUCCCGGGCCUGGCGGGGGCAGGCAACUCUGUCCUGCUGGUCAGCAACCUCAACCCCGAGAGAGUCACACCCCAAAGCCUCUUUAUUCUUUUCGGCGUGUAUGGAGAUGUGCAGCGCGUGAAGGUCCUGUUCAACAAGAAGGAGAACGCCCUGGUGCAGAUGGCCGACGGGAGCCAGGCCCAGCUGGCCAUGAGCCACCUCAAUGGGCACAAGCUGCACGGAAAGCCAGUGCGCAUCACACUCUCUAAGCACCAGAGCGUGCAGCUGCCCCGCGAGGGCCAGGAGGACCAGGGCCUGACCAAGGACUAUGGAAACUCACCCCUGCACCGUUUCAAGAAGCCUGGCUCCAAGAACUUCCAGAACAUCUUCCCACCCUCGGCCACUCUGCACCUCUCCAACAUCCCGCCCUCCAUCUCUGAGGAUGACCUCAAGCUUCUCUUCUCCAGUAACGGCGGGAUCGUCAAAGGGUUCAAGUUCUUCCAGAAGGACCGCAAGAUGGCGCUGAUCCAGAUGGGCUCAGUGGAGGAGGCCAUCCAGGCGCUCAUCGACCUGCACAACCAUGACCUGGGUGAGAACCACCACCUGCGGGUGUCCUUCUCCAAGUCCACCAUCUAGGCCGCCACCCAGGACCAGCCUGCCGGGCAGCCGGCGACAACUUCCAUCAUUCCAGAUAAAAAGCCACUUUAAAAAGCAGCUGAAGUGACCUUAAAAGACCAGAGAUUUUAUUUUUUUAAAAGAGAAAUCAGUUUACCUGUUUUUAAAAGAAAUUAAAUCUAAUUCACUUGCUCACCUUGGGGAGGUGGGGUGCCAGCCUCAGGCUCUUGGUGACAGUGGACGGCACCACCCGCCCAGCCCCUGCCCGUGCCUUCUGCUGCCUGCAGGGCGGGCGCUCCUAAACCCCCACUCGGCUUUCUUGUGCCUUAAACCCGCUGCUCUGGCAGAGCUUGCGGGGUCAGCCUCCCCUGGGAUCAUGUGCCUGGUGUGGUGGGGGGCUGUGGCCGCCACCCAAUCCUUCAAUCAAGUGUGUGAUUCUCCCCCAGCCUUGGGGCCUCCCCGGACCCUUCCCUGUUGCUUCUUCAGCUUUGUUUUCACUGUAAUCUGUAUUAUGCUUCGAUGCAGCUGCAGACACCUGUGCCUAGCAAUAUUUCCAGUUGACCAAAUAUUCUAAUCUUUUUCAUUUAUAUGCAAAAGAAAUAGUUUUAAGUAACUUUUUAUAUAGCAAGAUGAUAAAAAUGGUAUGAGUGUAACCUAAACUUUUUCCUUGUGGUAUGACCUUGUAUACUGUACUUUUAUUUUAUUCCUUGUCAUUGAGUCGCAGGGCAGGAUCUAGUUUCCAGGGCAGACACAGCGGGGCCGGCAUCUGCCGCCCGAUGCCUUACACCUGACUGUCCUUUCUCCAAGGACAAGUGCUCUUCAACUUUCAGGGUUACUUUUUUUCCUGCAAAUUUUGGACCAAAGUUUUGUUUCUGUUAUUUUCCUGCCUCUAAUGCUGGGACCCCAGGAGGUGGGGCAGCAGCUCUCCCCUCCGGUCUUCAUGCCUCGUCCUGCACUCACGGGUCCAAGGGGUGCCCUAUACGCAGGCCUCUGCUGGCCGGCCCUCACUCGGGGCCUGGGCCUCAAGUUUCCAUGUCGGGGUGGAACAAGGGUGUAAAUAUUUAUAAUUUUUUAUACCUGUUGUAAGACGUGAGGGGCAGCAAAUGCGGUUUUUUAUGGUGACACAGAUGUAUAUUUUGAUAACAGCAAUUACAGGCUCAGUAUUGUAAGGAGCACGGCAGGCCCCGCCCGCUGCCGGCUUGUAAUGCAGAGAGAACUGAAUUAAAGCGAUUUUAUAACAACUCCUACCUUUUCUGUAGGCUCUUUUUUCCUGUCCACAUGUAGAAGGCGGUCUGGCCAGUCUGUACUGGACUCUGAAUAAACUCUCUGUAUCCUGCA